UCGAACAAAUCUGCCCUUUUAAGUCUCCAAGUGUGCUUGAAAAGGACCAGUGGAAUUGUGAGCUAAAAUCGUGGCUGGCAGGGCAGCCCAGGACUGCGUCCCCACAAACCUCAGCUCUUUCCUUCACUGCCUGGCCGUCCUCCCAGAGUCUUCGUCUCUAACCUCAGUGCACAGACAGCAAAAAGAAAUUCCCCUUCCAUCCUCUCCAGGGGCACAGCGGAGUCUCCACGCACAUGGGGAAUGUAGUCGAAACGCAUGUCACCUAGUUGUCGAUCUUGCAUGAGGGAGCAAAGAUUAGGAGGUGGUGAAAGAACGGUCUGUCUACAGUUUGACCCAGACUAGGUCCGGUUGCGUAACACGGGGGCGACCCGGGUACCAGUCGGUGGCGGGGCGGUCAUGGCUUGGGGCUUAGUGUGUGGGAUGGAAGCUCUGCUGCUGCGGAGUGGCAGUUUCAUAUGGCAGAUCAUCGUGUGGAUGAUCCGGAGGUGUUACCUGCAAAGGAUGAGGUCAUGUCAGCAGUGCCUACAAACCUGCUUCUACCCGGGCCACGUCUAUCAGAUGACCGAGGGACGACUCUGCCAGGUGCAGCUCCUGGACGACAGGAAGCUGGAGCUGUUGGUUCAGCCGAAGCUGUUAUCUCGUGAACUCUUGGAUUUGGUCUCAUCGCAUUUUAACCUUAAGGAGAAGGAAUACUUUGGGUUCACCUAUGUGGAUGACACUGGUCAGUGCAAAUGGUUGCAGCUGGACCGCAGAGUGCUGGAACACGACUUCUCCAAGAAAUCAGGGCCUAUUGCUCUUCAGUUCCUGGUGAGGUUUUACAUUGAGAGCAUUUCACUUCUAAAGGAGCACACAACUGUGGAGUUAUUCUUUUUGAAUGCUAAAUCUGCCAUCUAUAACGGUGACAUUGAGGUGGAGAGUGAGCUGGUUUUUAAAUUAGCUGCUCAUGCACUGCAGGAAUCUAAAGGAGACUAUACAAGUGAUGAAAAUACCCGGGCAGAGCUGAAGAAGCUUCCAGCAUUGCCCACUAAAGUACUGAAGGAGCAUCCGUCUUUAGCAUACUGCGAGGAGCGUGUGAUUGAGCACUACAAGCUGUUGAAAGGGCUCUCCAGAGGGCAGGCCAUUGUGCAGUAUUUGACCCUGGUGGAGUCACUGCCCACAUAUGGAGUGCAUUAUUAUGAAGUGAAGGAUAAGCAAGGUAUUCCAUGGUGGCUGGGCAUCAGCUAUAAAGGCAUAGGACAGUAUGACCACCAGGAUAAAGUAAAACCUCGAAAGCUCUUCCAGUGGAAGCAGUUGGAGAACUUGUACUUCAGAGAGAAGAAGUUUGCUGUGGAGGUGAAUGACCCUCACAGGCGAACGGUGACUAAACGCACUUUUGGCCAGACGGGGCUGGUGAUCCACACUUGGUAUGCCAGUCACUCAUUGAUCAAAACCAUCUGGAUCAUGGCUAUCAGUCAACACCAGUUCUACCUGAACAGAAAACAGAGCAAAGCAAAAAUCACCACAGCCCGAAGUUUAGGAGACAUCGCGACUGACCUGACAGAGAACGGAGCAUCAAAGAUGAACAAACUGAGUGCAGCAGUGAAAAAUCAGCUCAUCAUGGCCAGUAACGGGAGUCUCGUCUCAACAGGUUCGGCUGACUCAGAAAUGAAUGACGACCAGAAAAAAGAGAAACUUGCUGAGUUGAGAAAGAAAGAGAGAGAGAUCCAGGAUGUACUUAGCCAAAAACUGACGGAGCUGAAGGAAAUUUGCCUGCGAGAGGCUGAACUCACUGGCAAACUCCCAAAAGAGUAUCCCCUAAUCAAAGGCGAAACCCCUCCUCAUGUUCGGAGGAGAGUCGGGACGGCCUUCAAAUUGGAUGACCUUUUCCCAUAUAAUGAGGAUCCAUAUCUCAGAAAUUUGGAGAGCCGCUUUGCGCUGCAGCAGAAAAUUGUGGAAGCGGCCAAGAAGCUCGCUGCUGAUCCUGAAAUCUCUAAAUUAGUGAGGAAAAAAAGGAGGAGGAACUGUCUAGACGCCAUGCAAAAGCUGCAGGAGAUCGAAGAUGAAAUGAACCAGUACAGACUGAAGAAAGGACAAAAACCCACACAGAGAGCUUCUGUGAUCAUAGCCGAUGAACUGGCUCAGUCUGAUUGCAGCUCCCUGUGUGAUAGUCUUCCUCUAGAUGACGAAGAUGACAGUCAGAGGCCACGUUCUCGCUCCGUCCAGUGUUCCCCGUGUCUCAGUCCUCCUCGGUCAUCGUCCGGCCUGGAGUACGACCCCGAGAGGCGAUCCUCAGCCAGCGACACACACCACGACCGAGCUCUUAACAGAUUAGAUCAUGAGGUCCAAGGGCCAGGACAUUAUUACACCCCCCGAGAGGUGUUCUCUGCCCAAAGCAGUCCGUGUAAAACUUUACCCAGAAUGCCGAAGGACCCCCGCAGCUUACCGCAAACCCCUGUCAUGCCCCGUAACGCCUACAGCAGCAGCCAACUCAGGUCGGAAGGUCACAUCCGUGCAUUCCGACACCGCAGCGGCAGUUUGGAGUCUCAGUCACAACUUCUCCACUCUCACUGUGCAAACAAAUCGGUGUUCCCGCUGUCUCCUUCACGCCGUAGCAACAGCACUGAGGUGUUGGAUGACUGCUCGUCCUAUACCAGCAUGUCCAGCAUGGACUACUGCCUCCCCUGCUCAGCCACUCCUCCCUACCGCACACUGGACUCGCAAUCCCACGACUACCGGCUCCACCGCAAAGUGGAGAUCUACGGCAAUACAGGGAGCAUGCCCAACUUGGUCCCUCAAAACUCCAGCUGUUAUGGCUACCAGCAGAAUCACUACGGACCGACUGCCUACUAUGUGGCUGGGUAUCCCGGUUUCGAAUAUGAGCCUUGUUCUAAUGGAGCUUACGUUUACGAGAGUGAACUCGAGGGUCACUAUAACAUCAACCCCACUUACCCAGCACAUGGUUACCAGGGCCGUACUCGCAACAGGCAUUAUGGAAUAGAGGGGUCGGAUAAUUUGUCACAAAAUCCAUACGCAACUGUGAGGCCCCCUAGAGGCAGGCAGGGACCCUUGAAUGAGGUGUUGACCAAGAACAUGUACAAGGCAUUGGUGGCAGAGCAUUUGAAGGGAUGGUACAAUCGCAGCGCUGGGCACAGGGACCCAGGUGCCUAUCAGCUGGUGUACACCUACAAAUAUGACCGAGGUUCCCAGCACAGCCUAGGCUACCAGACGCUGCCCGCACCCUUCAGCCACUCCAGCCGAACAAACUCAUUCUCCUCAGUGUCAUCUACUGCCAGCGGAGGGGGAAACUGGCAGAAUCAUUUGGCAGUGGGCCUGACUGAUGGUGAAUUGGCAGAUGUUCCCUCGAGCACUGGGGCUUACAGUCCUUCUUACAGUCACAGCCCUACACACAACAGGUUCCCAGCAGAAAGUGCCGCCUCUCACUCACCAGAGCCGGCAGAGGUGUUCGGUGCCAUGGCCAGCUGUUCCGACGCAGACCAUUAAAGAGCGCAUGAGGACAGAGCACAUGAUGAUACAGCAGUAACACGACUGCUGUAUUUAACUUCUGGAGGACCAAAAGACAUAUUGGCACAACAGAAAGUAAAGGAAACAGAAGCACCUUACCGACAGAUGUGGACAACAUGGACCUAAUUCUCUCGUGCCUUGGAAUGAGAUGUCUUUCAGUUCCAGAGUGACAGGAGAAGCCCUGUGGUCAUGCUAAUGGACGUCUAGCUGAACAAAUGACUGAACAAAAGCCCAGAACUGUCACAGCAUCAGUGUUUAUUUGCGUUAGUACUUCUGGCCAGCACAGAGAAAAAUAAGCCAACCCAAUGAGAAGUGCACACAUAUAGUGAAUGUCAUUUCAUAUUAGAGUUUCUAAGGAGAUGAAGAAACUAGCCAUAUCACAUGACCUUUUUUAUGUUGCCAUACACAGAACAGUUGAUAGAACUUCAGAACACUGCGACAAAAUAAUGUAAAUAUUAUGAACGAGUGGCUGUUUUUAAAUUGCUUUUCUUAUUUUUAAUUUAUUGAGUUUUCCAUGCUUGUAGAAGUGCAUAAUAUGUGAGACAAGUGAGUCGUUGAUGCUGUAUAUACUUUGUCCUGCACAAAUUCUGUUAGAACAGCACUUGAUUGAAGUGAAGCUUGGCAAGACUGCCAAUACAAGACCCUGGAAAUUCCAGACUUUGGUUGUUCUGCUUUAAGAAAAAAAGAUGUUUUCUGUUUUUACUAUAGAACACUGUAAGAAUGUUGUCAAUGUUCUUAAAGGAAUGUUCCGGUUCAACACAAGUUAAGCUCAUGUGAAGCAUGCUGUCGAUUACCACACAGAAUCAUUCGUUUGUUCCUCGAACAUACAGACCUAACUUAAAUUUACUACAAUAAUGCACUUAGAGUGGAUGUCUAGGCAAACAUUACAGAGGAUUUGUAUAGCUUGUACUUAAAGCACUUAUAUUAAUUCGUCCUUUCAAAAAUGUGUUAUAUGAACUGUAAAGUUGUAAGGAAAUAAAAUAAAAUAGAAAUAUAAGAUGAAAAACUAAAUGAAAAGAAAAUGUGAACUGUUGCCUAGACAAUUAAAAUUUUAAGUUAGAGCACUAAAAUUGGAAAUAAAUAAAAACUAAAACAGAAAUAAAAAUAAAUUAAACUUAUAUAGUAUAACAUGUAAACAAUAAAAGCACAUAAUUACAAAAAAUUAAAUGAAAAUAAAAAAUGAAAAUGUAUAUAUAAAUAAAAGCCACUUCAAAACAUGAAAACAAUAAUAGCGCAUGAAUAUUGUGAAAAGUUAUAUUCAACUUCUAACAAGUAAGUGUUUUUUUUCUCCCCACUAGUCUUGUGUUGAGUUUUGUGGCAAUACUUUCAAACUUUUAUACCACAUAUACACCAUUGUAAGUGCAUUACUGUAUUUUUGUUUUAAACUGUGGGACAAAACCUUUUUCUGCUCGUUUCUACCACAAAAUAAAAAAAUAUAUAAUUGCAACUUUUUUUCCUCACAAUUCUGAGUUUACAUCAUGCAAUUCUGAGAAAAGGAAUUACGAGAUAAGAUGUCGCAAUUACCUUUUUAUUCAUUCGCAGAAACAUGCUUGCAUACCAACUUAACUUGAACUGAGCCUGAAACAUUCCUUUUAGCCUCAUUAACAAAGCGCCCAUGUGCCAUUCUGGAAUACACAGACCUCCUGCUCUGAAUGUGUCAAUCUGAUGUACAGAUUGUUAUUUCCUGUAUUGUCUGUAUUUGUGGCUUAGAAGCAUGUGAUGUACAAGCACACGUUUUAGAAAGUUAUUUGGUGUUUUUUAAACUCGAUGGUUUGAAUGUGAUCAAUGACCUUUGACCCAGCACACCUUUCAUUGGAAACUAUUCAUUCCUUUAAUUAGUCUCUCAUUUUCCAACAGGAUGUGAAUAAUAAAAAAUAAAAAAAAUAAAAAGAAGUUGUAUUCAA